AUGUUCGAGGAAGAGGAAGACCGAAUGCGUCGCAGGGCCAAGCAAUCAUACGAAACCGACGAGAAUAAUCUCCGCUUAACUACCCAACCACAAAAAGCUAUAUACAGGGCUGUAGGUAUCAUAUAUUCCAAAUACUCCGAGAUUUUGUUUUUAAGAUCGUUCUGGCACAAUCUGCGCCACGAGAAUGAGAAUUACACCGUCAAUCAAUUAACCAUCACAGACCGUAAUUUCAAAGAGGCACAGACAGGUCAGAACCAUAUUGCCAAUACGACUUUAGACCCAGCAGACCAUGCGUCUUAG